AUCCACGAUGUCUUCCAAGUGUAUCUCUUGUAAGAAACUUGUCCGAGCACGUCAACAAGGACUUCAAUGCGAUGGCUGCAACAGGUGGCAACAUCGCGUCUGUGGAACUGGAAUCAGCUUAGCUGAUUAUCGUGAAGCCGUCCAGACUGAUUCACCUAUCGACUGGUGCUGCGCAGAGUGUAUGUCAGAGUCCCUCCUCCCUGUGGCGGAAAGCACUCCUGUGGACUUCGUCGCCAACUCAGUCCUCGAGUCAGACAUCGACGAGCCUACUGCUGACGAGACAGUUCCGGAUUCCAUGGCCGCUGAUUCUUCCGAUUCUGAGUCAGUUCGAGAUCGAAGCUCGACGAGUCUUCCAUCAUCGAUCCGCCAGCCCUCGUAGAAGAGCAUGACGCUCCCACCGCCGUGACCUUCAAGUUGAUUCCUGACGCCACGUCAAAAGACAGACCAAAACUUGUCGACAGCAGGGGCUACAGCUACAACAUCAGGCGAA